AUGCGCCGCAGCAGACCUUACCUCCAGAUUUUGCUGCCUUUAAGGCGAAGAGAGGAGGGGAGCGCACCUCCGGCAGCGCUGCCGCCCGAGCCCUGCCCGUCGCGGCGAGCGGGCACCGCAGGGCCGAAGAGGAGAUGCCGGGGGGAGCCGGGCGCUCCCCACCUUUCACUCAUAGCCGCAGAGAGAGCGAGGGAGAGAAAAUUGCCACAGACCAGGCAGCAAAAUGCUGGGUUUAGAAGACUGCGAGCCAGUUUCCUGCAUACUACUAUAAUUAAUUUGCGUGCGGAGAUCAAAGAUCCGAGGGCGAAGGAAAUAAUUGAUUCUGCCAGAAAACGCUUCCCUGGCGCAGCCCACGGCAGAAACCAGAGGCUGCUUUUGUCCCGAGGAGUCAGCUGUGUUUACCUGCAAGGCACCAAGCACUCGGGGCACUCGGCGGGCGGGCACCGCUCCUGGCGGCGGCCGUGCGGCACCCGCGGGCUCGGGGGACGCCCCAGCCUCCCGCAACGCCGCGGCCCGAACUUCGGCUCUGGUGUGAGCGUGGGUAAACACGAGAAACGCUGUGAAGUUGGGCGGCAGGAGAAGCGCCGGGCGAGCUGUGCCAUCAGCCACAAGGGGUGGCCGGCCGCCGCUCUCGGCCCGGCUGGCCCUGGCGCAGAGCGGGAUCCCCCCGGGAGCCUGUCGCCCCCCUGGGCCGGCGGGGACAGCUCUGACCCUCACCCCUCUCUGGUGACCGGGAACUUGAGGAAGCCUCUCACCGACCGGCUUUUGCCCCUGUUUGAAACACUCAUCCCUUCUUUCCCUCCCUAGCCCCCAGCCCUACCCCGGCAGCCGCCUGGCCGGGGGUGCCCGCUCCGCUCCGGCCGUGCCUGCCUCGGCUCUUCCUUACAAGGGCGCCUGCGGCCGAGCUGGGGGGAGGAGGAGGAGGAGGAGGAAGGGGAGGGGGCGGUCACGGUGGCGGAGGAGCCCUUCCCGGAGGGGGCAGUGGCACAGUCCCUGCACGCACAAAACGCCGCAAGCCCCGGGCGACCUGUCAGCCCCUCGCCCCUCCCGGCUCCCCGCCUCGCCUCUCGCCAGAGUCAACACAGAGCUGCGAUCCAUUUGGGCGAUUUAGUUAAAAUAAAUAAACCCGCGAAGAUUCACUAGCGAGCGAUGCAUCAUCGACCCGGAGGUUUAUUAAGAGGCUCGUUUACAGCCGCGGCUGCAGCCCCUGCUCCGUCGGAGAGGGGGAGGCCGGGCCGUGUUGCGGGAAGGCUGCGGCAGCCAGGGUGGCCCCCGGUGCUCCACACCCGCCCCCCGGCAGGGCCCCCACGCGACCCCCACCCUCUCUCCGCCCGUCCCCUGUCCCCACAGAGCCUGCCAAGAGGGGGAAGCGCCCACCCGACGGCUGCUGCAGGGCAGUGGCACUCAUUUGCCUGAAUGUUCGAGGGAGGGAGAAGAGGGUCGGGAGACAUUGU